CUCUGCUCUCGCCCUUGGUGUCCUCGUCCUCCUCUGUGGCCUCCGUCAAUCAAUCACUCAAUUCACUCGCUCUUUUCGUCCUCCACGCCCAACGACUGUCGCCAACUCGAUCGACCCGCGCUCCUCGCUCGCUCGUGCGCCUCUCAUCUUGUCUUGUCCUGCCCUUGUCCCGGCCCGACGACAACUUCUCCUUUUCCUCCGCCUCGCCCACAUUCCUUCUCGACACUCACGCACGCACGCACGCGCCCGGCUGCCCACAUCAGAGAACCCCCCCUUUCCUUCGUCCACCCGCCCGGCGCUCUGCCGUGUCACAGCCAUGGCUCCCAAGCAGCUCUCAAUCAAGCGCACAAUGCUGCUCUCCUGCAGCGCCCUCGUCCUCCUCGCGUCCCUCGCCGCCGCCCAGAACAACAACAACCCCAGCCCGACCAACGCCGCGCCCACAACCGGCAACACUGGCACGCCCUCAGGCUCGCCAACCGGCGGCGUCACCAACACAAACACCAACACCCGCACCACGAGCACCGCGCGCCCGACAGAGACUGUCCCCAACCUCAGCCAGGCCACACAGAUCUCCUCGAGCAAGACCAGCGCCGCCUCGUCCCCUUCUGCUCCCGCUGGCAACAACGGCGACCACCCCCCGCCGCUGCCUACCCUGCCAGGCUCGUACAACUACCCGCCGCCCGCCGUCCCCCCGACCAACAACGCCCCGUACAUGAAGCCCAACUCGGUCCCCGAGGGCACCUUCUUCAUUGCCGUCGGUGCCAUCCUCGGCGCUGUCGGUGCCGCCAUUCUUGUCUGGCGUGCCAUCAUUGCCUGCCUCCUCCACCGCUCUGUCAAGAAGGCCGCUCUCGCCCAGACGGCCAUCAACGACAAGGCCACCUUCCCAGCGCCGCCUGCGCCUUUCUACAAGUACACCGACCACGAGUCUUCACUGUCCCUCGGCCAGGCAGGUGCUGCAGGCCGUGGUGUCCGCCGCACCCAGCGUGGUCCUGUCCCGUCCUCGACUCCCAGCCAGGCCAACCUCUUCUUCUCCCCGACGGCCCCCGGAGCCAACAUGAACGGCAACCGCGAAUCCCGCUUCUUGCCUUCGGGCUUCUACGCUGCUGGUUCCGGUGCCCAGCAGAUCGGCACGCAAACUUCCAUCAGUCUCUCCAACUUGCGGCCCGAUUCUCGCGGCCACGCUCGUGCCGUUGGCCACAGCCCGCCUGAGUCCCCCGGUCUUAUGCCACACCAUGCCAACAACUCGAGAAGAAACCUCAGCACAAGUACUCUCAACCUGAACCGGCCAGUCAGCGGUCGUGCGCCUAGUGCCUACCUGGAGGAUCUGCUGGAUGACCAGCCAGAGCAGUUCCCUCCUCCCCACAUUGGCCAACAACAACCAGGCCGCCUACAGUAGAGGCCGAGACUCAAGUCAUAAUCAUGGUCUGGCAGCCAGGGGCGUCGACAUGAGUAUCAUAUCAUAUGCAUUUUAAUUUUCCACUACCAUUAUCGACAUGACGGUACAUUACCUCUUCUCAGUCACUCUUUUUUGGACGACGUGCCCUCGGCAUUCCGGUUACUGUGGUCAGGCAAGGUAACUUCGGACUUUACAGACAUCGCGAGCAAAAAGUAUGGUGGUUUUCGUGCAGAAGGGACGGCGUUCAAGGCGAAUCCAAAGGAGGGUUUUUUUUCUUUUUUCUUCCCCCUCCAGUGUGACAUCGGACAGCCCCUACAACGGAGGACAUCUGGCCCGGCUUUCCAGCUUUGCAUAUAUAAUUUCUUUUCAGCGGUAGACUCUCAAUUACACACCGACAAUUCUCUCUGGCAUAUAUACGUAUAUGUUUACCUACUAGUUUCGCAUGCACGAUUUGUGAGAACCACUGUGUAGACCGAUUCCGCCCUUCUUA